AUUCUGUGUUCUAUACCCUUCCCGAAUUUUUUAAACCCAAUGUGUCUUCACUCAUUUGCCUGCGAGGCUGCGAGUGGUCACUCUCUUCCCUUUUUCAUUCACCCGUCCACUAGCCACCGCCGUCUAACCUCCAUUAAAUCGUCGGCGUCGGCAGAAAGGGACUUGGCGCAACAGCUUCUUGAAAUUUUUGUAUUGGUUGGAGACUUGGAGACGGGAGUUCGCGUGCUACACUUCCACGACUGAACCCCCUCGUCGGUCGUUGCACGGAUAGUUAUUGGCUACCGCAGUGCUUUCGUGAAGUCAAGGCCACCACCGGCCACCGUAAACACCGCCAGACCACCCCCACCAUCAAUUUUAUCUCAGUAUCCAGCGAGUGUAAAUUAAGAGAACGAAGAUCUUAUGAUCAUGGGAAUUUAUGCUGCUUGGUGUGAGAUAUUGAAGAUUCAGAAAUUUCGAAGGGUAGUCUCAUAUGCCGGAUUCUAUGCUUUUACGGCAGUACUGAGUUAUGGUUAUACUAACAAUACGACAAGAGCUGGGUUUUCCAGAGGGGAUCAAUUCUACGCUUCUUAUCCUGCGGGAACAGAAAUGCUAACUGAUACUGCAAAGUUGUAUAAAGCCGCGCUUGGGAAUUGCUUUGAGGUGGAAGAUUGGGGGCCUAUUGAGUUUUGCAUUAUGGCUAAACAUUUUGAUCGACAAGGGAAAUCACCGUAUGCUUACCAUGCACAAUACAUGGCUCAUCUUCUUUCAAACGGGCAACUUGAUGGAAGUGGAUAAAAUGGUGGAAUCACGGAACAUUGGACUUGAAGAUGUUUCGGAGGAUCUUUUGAGCUACGAAGUGAAAUCAAUAGCCCGAAGUUUGACAUGGAAUUCAGCAACUGUUAGUAGGAUAUUGGGAGUAGUUUGUACGUUUUUGACGUAGAACCAAGUUUUCGUGCCUAUGCGAGGAAAUCACAAAUGUUCCUAUGCUUUGUCAAAUGAGUAUGUACCUUGUAAUCUCCUAUUAGUAAUUCGUACGUUCCAAUUACUUCCUCUGUUUUUGUGAAUCUGAUACAAUUCAUUGUUGCCUUGUUAAGAGGAGCGAGGUAAUAGUGAAACUGAAAAAAUUGAGAAAAAUGAUAAAAUGAGUUAAAACGGUUGGAU